CCGAACCGGUGUCGUCCUGUGGAUUGAACGUCAUGUCUGGUUAUGAGGGAUCUCAUGGUCAACCACGGUUGUGCGAAAUUACACGUCCUUGUACCGGCCUGGUGUUUGACUACCCUUCCGUUCAGUAGCGUGCUGUUGUGAGCACAUGGACUUCCUGAGACUGUUCUUCUAGUACCGCGAUGGUGUAUAGCUCUGCGCAAAACGCACUUAUACUUUGGAUAUGGGACUGGAUGUUGUGCAAUGCUCAUGUUUGUUCCCUAUGGCACGGAAUCUUGGAGAAGAGGGAUGCCCGGCCGGCCAUCUAUGUAGGGUCGGCAACCAAUGCUACGCUUGGGGUAGCAUCGAGAUUCUCAGACUAUAACAAGUUGCGAAACUUGUCUAUCCGGUGUAAGGAUUGGGUCGAAGAGGGAUUCCAAAUCACGUACAAAGCUUUGCUUUGUACCUCGCCUCUCCCCACCCCCACCAACCGGUCUGCGGUUCGGGCGGUGUUCAAAACCAUCGAAACGAUGGUCACAUCGGCCCUUUGGGCGUACCACACGGCAAAGUCUCCGGGGCAGUUGGGACUGCCGGAAAUCUGCCCGUGGGAAUAUACAGGCCUGCCCUUCGACGGCCUGUGUACCCACGCGGCAUUCAUUGAGGGGGUGAAUUUUUGUAGUCAUGCCCAGCAUAACCCCAGUGCCAGCGACCCCGAUGCCACUACCAUUGCGGAGGUGGAGAUCAAUGCGUUGGAAGUGUCAGCCGAAGAGCGACGCCAAGCGUAUCUUAAAAGAAAUCGGGAGAGGUACCAUGAAAUGAAACUGAUGUACCCCGAACGAUGGCAAGCAAUGGCAGCCAAGAAGAACGCGAACAACAAGAAGGUGUACUGGGACCGCAGACUCAACCGGCCCGAUGAGCAUCGUGAGCUCCGGCUCAAAUAUAGCCUGGCCGCCGAGACCGAGGAGCGGAAAGCCAAAAGGGCUGCGACGUACCAGGACAACCUCGAAAGCAAACGUUUCUAUUGUGAAACUUGUGAUAUGCCUUUCGGCAGUUAUGGCCACUUCGAACACCAUAAGUUAAGCAAUGACCAUAUCGCCAAAGAGAAUGGGACCUAUGUCCCGCCUAAGACGAAAGACGGCGAGUUGAAGUGGUGGUGUGACUUGUGCAACGAGGGCUGGACGGAUGAGUGGUCCCUGAUCCAACACCAACGGAGGUCAUACGACCAUGAAGUCAAGCUCGCUGCCCGCGAGGGCCGUCCUCCUCGCCCACAGGACGAGAGACUUCUUUGCCCGUUCUGUGACAAAGAUUAUACGGAUCCGAGUGCUCUAAACCGCCACAUAAAAAAGCAUCACCCCGGCAACGCCGAAGUCAUCAAUAUACAAACUUUUGUUUGUGAUAUUUGCCCGGGAUUGAGUUGGGCAAAACAAACCGAACGAGAUGUCCACCGCCGCAAGUCUCACUUGCACGCCGUGCGGGCUGCCGACGCAGCCGGACUUCUCCCUCCGCCCACCCCGGAAUUCUUUUGUGGCGUCUGUGGGUUCGUCUACAAAAACGCCACCACUCUCCAAAAACAUCGACGCAGAGAACAGCAUCAUGAGAUAUAGGAUGUCUUGAUGUUUUUUUGGGCUGCUGUUUUGGCCUCUCUUUUUUUUGCUUCUUUUUUUGGUACGGUCACCCCGAUAUCUAAAGGCAAGAGCAAGAUCAUGUCUCGUCCAAGUGUCAGAGCACCCGGGCGCUCAUCUGGUACGACCACCCCUGUUCUACUCGCCCGGAAGAUCACCAAUCUUCUCCAGUUUGCCCAUAUCUCUGGCUGCCCACGCUCAUCUGGUACGGCCACCCCUGUUCUACUCGCCCGGAAGAUCACCAAUCUUCUCCAGUUUGCCCAUAU